AUGGCUGCGUCCUGGACAGCGAUCAGGCUGUGCUCUGGUGCUGCAAAGGCGGCAGCCCCGGUCAAAGUUACGCGAUGGGAGAGAUUGAAAAACAGUAAAGCGGGAGUGUGGUGCCGUAGCUUGUUCUCUGACUACAAGGAGGCAUGUCGGGAGACGGUAGUUGCCUGCUGGGAACGUCCAGUUAAAGCUUCAAUUUAUCUGGGACUGCUGGGUGGAGCCUGGACUUGUUUCUCCAGCAGACCCGAUCACUCUUCCUUUGAGACAAACCUGGUGGAGUGCUCUAAUCAGCUGGGAGUGCUGUCGCCUUGGAUACGCAAUGGAACCUCUGAUAAGCACGUGCAAAAUCUAGUUAAGCUGUGCAACGACGGCCGGUUGCGUCACCUUAGUUUAGGGAUAGUUUCACUAACCUACUGUGCAGAUUAUGAUCCAGACAGUAGCCUGUAUGAAGCCCAUUGUUCCAACCUGUCAGUCCCCUGGAGGGAGCUCCCUAAGCGGGUUUUAGAUGUGGGCUUUGCUGGGCAGUGGUGGAUCCUUGCUUCAAAGAUGAAAGACUACGAUAUCAAUGAAGAGGAAUUCAAGCACCUGCCAGUUCAGAUGCAGGCUACAACGCCACCCAGUGUUCAGGAGGUGGAAAGGAAUGAAAAGUUGCACAAAGAUUCUUGGCUACCACUGAAAAUGGAGAGUGAAGAAGAGGGGGAGGGAAAGUCACCAGAAGAGAAGACAGCAGUCUAGAACUGGACCCCCCCCCCAAAAAAAGAACAAAACAUGCAAAUGCUCGACUGCUGUUUGGACUUAAUUUUUCUUAUCCUCGACUUGGUGUAAUGUGUUUGGUGAUAAUCUUAUAGUUUGUGAUGUGAUUAUAAUUUGCUGGCCAUGACAUCAGAAUUAGAAUGUCAAUCUGUGUACAAAGCAUUUAUUAAGCAUUGAUGAAAACAUAUGAAAAGCUUAAACGGUAUGUCAGUGUGUGUUGAUUUUGUAUGGUAAAGGAAUAGAUGCUUUGUAUGAUGCUCACCAAAAGCCCAGUGAUAUUGUCAAUUAUAGCAAGGUUACUAUACUUACUUACUAAGAAUGAUGGAUUAUAUGUUAAAGAAUCAUGUCUUUUAACAGUUAGUUAAUGCUGAUUAUGAAUUUCUUUAUUACUAAUUAUCAUUAUCAAAACCAGAAUAUGGUAGGUAGAACAGGCUGAUAGUUCAUCAGCAGCCAGGAAUGGCUCAGCUGAUCAAGUGCACUCGUCCCUACUAAGUAACUUAUUUAAUCAAUGUGACUUAGGUACAACGGAUUUAAGUUAUGCACAAAAGAUGCCAUACAGCUAGCACAAGCAAGUAGCCCAAAGGCUGUAUGUUUGGUCAUCACUUCAGGGAGUAUAGGUGAAUGACCUAUUCUCCCUCCAGCCAUUUACAUACCACUGCUGAUGCCCUGGAAAUGCCAAGAAAUGUUUAAUCAAAGUCCAGUAAAGAUCAGUAAUUUUCCAGGGUCAUCGGCAAGCAGAGAUGUAGAAGACAGGAUGUCUGAGGAUGGAUGAACUUGGGAGGUGGCAUUUGGGGACAGCAGUGCAUUUUCCAUAAGCAUUGAUGUCAGCCUGAGCCUCUGCCAUUUUGCCUGUAGCUGCUGCUGCUGCAAGCUAAGCUGUCUUUCCUGCAGAUGGUAAAGGUGUUUACUGGGGAUUGAGGACUCUGCCUCAUUCAUAGGUUUCUGCAGCCUUGCACCAGUAGGCGCUGAGCAUGCAUUAACUUUGCUAAUAUUCAAAUUUUCUGCUGGCUGCCGGUUUGUAUCUUUUUCUUCCAAACUCUGUCUAUUGAGGUUUCAACAGAAUGUCAAUAAAAUACAAGCGCUCACCUACACAGGUCUAUAUCCAUUACGUGUUUGUCUUUGUGAUGUUUUUGCAUGUUUACUUAAUCCCCGCUCAAUUGCUUUAUUUUUAUUGAGCAUUUAAUACAAAUGGAAGACACACUUUUAAAAAGUAGGCUUAUGAUUUCUUUUUCUUGUCAGUGAUUUUUGUCAUUGCAUUUAAUUGAAGAUGCUCCUAUAAGUUGUAU